AUGAGCAGCCCCGCCGACGCCCCCGCGACGGACGUGCCCCCGGCCGCCCCGGCCACCUCGGACGCCGCCGCGCCCAUCAGCAAGAACGAGCUGAAGCGCCGCCUCAAGGCGGAGAAGGCGGCCAAGGCCAAGGCCGAGAAGGCCGCCAAGAAGGCCGCGGAGGCCGCCGCCAAGCCCAAGAAGGCCGCCUCGGCCGCCGCUGCCGACGAGGAGGAGCUGGACCCGACCGCGUACUUCGCCAACCGCGAGAAGGCGCUCGUGGAGCUGGAGAAGCAGGGCGUGAACCCGUACCCGCACAAGUUCCAUGUGUCCACGUCGCUGCCCGAGUUCCACGAGCAGUUCGGCGACGUGGAGGCCGGCAGCCACAACGCCGACGUGAUCGUGUCGGUGGCUGGCCGCCUGCACAGCAAGCGCGCGUCGGGCGCCAAGCUCGUCUUCUACGACCUGCGCGCGGACGGCAAGAAGCUGCAGAUCAUGUCGGACGUCGGCACGUACGAGAGCGCUGAGGCCUUCGCGAAGAUCCACAGCAUCCUGCGCCGCGGAGACCUUGUGGGUGUGCGCGGCCACCCGGGGAAGUCCAAGAAGGGCGAGCUGUCCAUCUUCCCGCAGGAGCUGGUGCUGCUCUCGCCCUGCAUGCACAUGCUGCCCAAGAGCCACGCGGGCCUCUCGCUCAACCAGGACACGCGCUACCGCCAGCGCUACCUGGACCUCAUCAUGAACGACGACACGCGCGGUGUGUUCCAGACUCGCGCCAAGAUCAUCAACUUCAUCCGCCGCUUCCUGGACGACCAGCACUUCCUCGAGGUGGAGACGCCCAUGAUGAACAUGAUCGUGGGCGGCGCCACGGCCAAGCCCUUCGUGACGUACCACAACGACCUGCACAUGAACCUCUUCAUGCGCGUGGCCCCGGAGCUGUACCUGAAGCAGCUGGUGAUCGGCGGCCUGGACCGCGUCUACGAGAUCGGCCGCCAGUUCCGUAACGAGGGCAUCGACCUAACGCACAACCCCGAGUUCACGAGCUGCGAGUUCUACAUGGCCUACGCCGACUACAACGACCUCAUGACUCUCACGGAGAAGCUCUUCUCCGAGAUGGUCAAGGAGAUCACGGGCAGCUACUCGAUCACGAUCCAGAAGGAGCCCGGUGAGGAGCCCGUGACCAUCGACUUCACGCCCCCGUUCAAGCGCGUGAGCAUGGUCUCGGCCGUCGAGGAGGCCACGGGCGUCACGAUCCCCAUCGACGACCCGGAGAAGUGCCUGCCCAUCCUGGAGGAGCUUGUGACCAAGUACGAGCUCGAGUGCGCGCCGCCUCGCUCCAUCGCGCGUCUGCUGGACAAGCUGGUGGGCCACUUCAUCGAGGACAACAAGGCCUACUGGACUAAGCCCUUCUUCAUCAUGGACCAGCCCGUGUACAACUCGCCGCUGGCCAAGUACCACCGCACCAAGCCCGCUCUCACCGAGCGCUUCGAGCUGUUCCUGGCCGGCGCCGAGAUUUGCAACGCUUACACGGAGCUGAACAACCCCAAGGUGCAGCGCGAGCGCUUCAUCGAGCAGAUGGAGCAGGCCGCCGCCGGCGACGACGAGGCCCAGCCGCACGACGAGGCCUUCUGCACGGCCAUGGAGUACGGCCUGCCGCCCACUGCUGGCUGGGGCUGCGGCGUCGACCGCCUCACCAUGUUCCUGUCCAACCGCUUCAACAUCAAGGAGGUGCUGCUCUUCCCUGCCAUGAAGCCGGACGAGCAGGCGGCCCCGGCCCCGUCGGCCAGCGGCUCGGCUUCGCUCAUCUCGGCCACGGGCUCGGUGGCCCUGGACGUGCUGGAGAAGCGUCUCGCUGGCUCCACGUUCGUCAACGGCUCGUCCCCCUCGAAGGACGACACGGCGGUCUUCGAGCGCGUCAAGGUCGUGGGCAAGGACAUCCUCAAGAAGUACCCGAACGUCGAGAAGUGGCUGGACUUCGUGACCGCCUUCCCCAACGAGCUGCGUGCCAAGUGGUAGAGCGGAUGUAUAGGCUGAGGAAGCUUGUCGAUGCCUAAAUGAUAGCGUCCAGUUUUCCGAUCC